UAAAGCACAUUGCAUUUUGGGAUAAGGUCUACGCUGGUUGCUGUCGAUCACUUCAUCAAGUUGAAAUAUAGGUUGGAACAAAAUGUCUCUAAUUUCUGCUAGAUUUGCAGCUAAUGUGGCAAGGAGAUUGCCAAACACAACCUCACAGGUUGCUAAAAUAGCUUGCCCAGCUGCAAACCUUGCAGCAAGGAAGAUUCAUGUAUCAUGCAGCCAACGAGCAGCCGAGCUCUCCUCUAUCUUGGAGGAGCGCAUUAUGGGUUCAACACCUAAAGUUGAUUUGGAAGAAACUGGUCGAGUUGUGAGCAUUGGAGAUGGUAUUGCUCGUGUUUAUGGUCUUAAAAACAUCCAAGCCGAUGAAAUGGUGGAAUUCUCCUCUGGAUUAAAGGGUAUGGCUUUGAAUUUGGAACCAGAUAAUGUUGGUGUUGUCGUGUUUGGUAAUGACAGACAAAUCAAAGAAGGAGAUAUUGUAAAACGUACUGGAGCUAUUGUAGAUGUACCUGUAGGUGAAGAAUUAUUAGGCAGAGUAGUUGAUGCUUUAGGAAAUGCCAUUGAUGGCAAAGGUGCUUUACAAAGCAAAACCAGAUUCCGUGUAGGAACUAAAGCUCCCGGUAUCAUUCCACGUGUCUCUGUACGCGAACCUAUGCAAACUGGAAUUAAAGCUGUUGAUUCUCUUGUACCCAUUGGUCGUGGUCAGCGUGAGUUGAUUAUUGGUGACAGACAAACAGGAAAAACUGCUUUAGCUAUUGAUACCAUUAUUAAUCAAAAGAGAUUCAAUGAUGCUCAAGAUGAAAAAAAAUUAUACUGUAUUUAUGUUGCUAUUGGUCAAAAGAGAUCCACUGUGGCACAAAUUGUCAAGAGGUUAACAGAUGCCGGUGCUAUGAAGUACACCAUCAUUGUAUCAGCCACUGCUUCUGAUGCUGCCCCUCUUCAAUAUCUUGCUCCAUACUCUGGAUGUGCUAUGGGUGAAUUCUUCCGUGACAAUGGAAAACAUGCUUUGAUCAUCUAUGAUGAUUUAUCUAAACAAGCUGUUGCUUAUCGUCAAAUGUCUCUAUUGUUACGUCGUCCACCAGGUCGUGAGGCUUAUCCAGGUGAUGUCUUCUACCUUCACUCACGUCUACUUGAACGUGCCGCUAAAAUGUCUGAAGCUCAUGGAGGUGGCUCUUUGACUGCUUUGCCAGUUAUUGAAACACAAGCUGGUGACGUAUCAGCUUAUAUUCCAACUAAUGUCAUUUCCAUUACUGAUGGUCAAAUCUUCUUGGAAACUGAAUUGUUCUACAAGGGUAUUCGACCAGCCAUCAAUGUAGGUUUAUCUGUAUCUCGUGUAGGUUCUGCUGCACAAACCAAAGCCAUGAAACAGGUUGCCGGUUCCAUGAAACUGGAAUUAGCUCAAUAUCGUGAGGUGGCUGCUUUUGCCCAAUUCGGCUCAGAUCUUGAUGCAGCCACACAACAAUUGUUAAACAGAGGUGUUCGUUUGACUGAAUUAUUGAAGCAAGGACAAUAUGUCCCAAUGGCUAUUGAAGAACAAGUUGCAAUUAUCUACUGUGGUGUCCGAGGACACUUGGACAAAAUGGACCCAACCAAGAUCACAGCAUUUGAAAAGGAAUUUAACGCUCACAUCAAAGCCAACCAUUCAUCCCUUUUGCAAACCAUUGCCAAGGAAGGAACGAUUAGUGAAGCAUCUGAUGCCCAAUUAAAGAAAAUUGUAGCUGACUUUUUAGCUACUUUUAAUGCAUAAUUUAAUAAAAUAAGUGAGUAUUGGAUUAGAAAUACGUUAUCCAAAAUGAAAAUGUAAGUUGCAUAAUUUCAUGUAUUAUUAAAUAAGUAACACUGUCUUUUUGACAAAUUUUAAACUGUACUGCAUUUUAUAAUUAAAAGUAUGAAAUCCAUGCUACUUAUUUUGGUUUUUAUGUGAUAAAAUCAGAUGAAAUAAAUAACAUAACUUGUC